AUGGACUCCAGUCAAGACGACAGCGGUUUGGAAAUCACGGGUGGAGGAUCUGUAUCAGUCGAAGUACCAAAGCAGAGAAUGGUCCGACUGGAGGAAGAUCCAAAUGUCGUACACACUAUCCCUCGACUGGCUGAGAGUGGCUUUAAGACGCGGUCGACACGACAGGGGCGCCUAUCCGGGAACCCAAACUCUCUUUCGACUGACGCCGUCCCAGUCGUCGAGUCAGACAUCUCAGCAAAAUCGAACGAUAGCCAGCAGUUCGAUGAUGACAGUGAACACGAUGAUUAUUCCCCGAGGCAGACACCAGCAGAGCGUCAAACCCCGGAAGAGAUAACCCCGGCUAGUUCCAAGAGAGGGAGACGGCGAGGCAAGACUGGUAAAACCAACAACAAGGUGAAGCAGACACGCCCAUUGAGGCUCAACCUGGAACAAUCCCACACUAGAAUCCGCCUGCAGAUGAACGCCAUCGAAACUUACAAACAAGCCAAAAUAAAGCAACUGGAGAAACGAAUGGCGCUAGAGCAAACCGCGAGAUCUCUGAAAGAAGAAAAUUCCAAGCUUGCACAGGAUGUUCAAGGCUUGAAGCACCAGAUUUCGGAGCAUGAGGCCACAAUUCAAGGGUAUCAUGAUGAUGCACUCGAGCUUCUCGGAAAAGACAAGGCGGAGGCAAUGCAGGACGAACAAGUAACUGAAGACCUGACCUGGCUCUUCUCCGAAACCAAGGAAUGGGCCAGGACGUGGUCAAUUGAGAGGUGGAAUGAUGCUGCGAAGGCCAAAGUACGAGAUCUUCUCGCCAUACAUGCCGGGAAGGCAUUUGCAACAAAGUGGCUGGUUGCGGCGAUUGACAGGGCUGCCCAAGACAAGCAAACACCACCGCAAAUGGUCUUGAACGCACUCCUCAACUGCUUUCUCUGUGAUGAGACGUUUCGAAGACCGUUCGCCCAUCUGGGCAGGAGCAUGCAGGAUGCGGCAAAUGAUAGUUAUGAAGACUGCAUGAACUGGGUCAUGGAAGCAGCGACUGAAGAAUGUCCAGAAGGCUGCAACAAGUUGAGAGCCCGAAUCUGUAGCCUAGUCGACAAGCCUGCAGUUCUCGACGGAAGCAAGGCAGCCAAAUUAUCUUCGCGCCAAAAGGACAUGCAGUGUCUACGCCAACACCGUUGCGAGAAGAUAGUCGCUCUUUGCCUGUCAAAGUUCCACGUGGGCUUGCAAGCGGUCGGCGACGAAGAUGGGCAAAAGCGCCACAAGGAGAUGCUCGAGAUUGUAGAGGCAGCCUUACGUCUCUCUGCCAGACUAUCAACUGAAAACCCCGAAGUGAGAUUUUACUUUCUCGACGACCUCGAGAAGACCAAGUUCGACCUGAGACACGACCGAUUCAAGCCGCAUCGAAUCCUGAAGCUGGAUGACGAAGAAUUUGACGAUGAGGCACAAAGAGCCGAAGCUGAAGCCCUAGUCGGUCGUCCCUUCGAUAUGGUCGUGGAGCCUUGCGUUGUCAGACGUGGGGAUGCGAAGGGACAAGAGUACGAGAAGGAGCAGGUCCUUUAUCGUGGCGUUGUUUGGAUGGUCAAGGGCAUGGUAAUUCCUCCGGAAGAGCUUUCGGAAGACGAGGCAAGCUCCAACGAUCAAUACUCCAUGCAGGCGACGUCAGCUGCAGGACCAGGCCGUGGCGGUGGAAACGGCAUCUCAGCAGCAUCGAGAUUACAUCUUGGGGAUGGCGUUCGAGGUGAACCGAAUGAAUCCGGACCCCCAGGCGACAGGGCAGGAAGCUACCAACUUCGUUUUGCCCCCAAGCCACCUUCGAAACUCGGGUUUGAGGACGAUAACAAGAAUUCCGGUGGCAAGAAAAAGCUCGUCGGCCGCAAUAUCAGCGCUUCGGGAACUGCUGAUGGGCAAAUCCCUUCGACUAGCACUCGUCGCUCCCACGAAAUUUCUGCCCAGCCCCUGAUUGCUAGGCAUGAUUCUUUGUCUACCGAACCCUUCGAUGAUGGGACCACUUUGACCUCCGAGGCACCUCUUUCGAAGUCAAGAACCUCCACACCGAGCACCGACUCCCGCAAGAAGCGGGAAAGCGCUUCUAAGAGACAUCGCGGAACAAUAGAGAGUCUCGAGAGGCAGGCAUCUCGUCAGCAGGCAAAUGACUUGGACAACAAUGCAGAACUACAGGUGGAGGGACACAUGCUGUAUGGUGGUGCUGAUACCGUGAGAGCCGCCAGGAUUCUCAAGGAGGAAGCACCCGUAGGCCCUGAGCCCGAACUCUGUUCAGGCGUUUCCAGAAAGCGUAAAAUAUCGGAUAACAGCACCAAAGUGCAAGCGAGAGAUCCUGAUCAUGUCGAAAGUUACCUCCCAAGCAAGAAAAUGAAAACUAACGUAGCCUCAGAGAGCAACUACCACGGGAGUGCCGGCGAUGACGAAGAUUACGUCUCGAUCACCCAACUCUCAGCCGACGGAUACUGCGAACACUUCUCGUCAACGCACCGAUCAAAUCCCGCCGUGCAACAAGAAGUCACAGCAAAACUUACCGAGGGACGUUCCAUCGAGAGACCCAGCGUCACUGAUGGGUCCAGCACCAGUUUUGAUAAAGAUGGACUUAGCAUCAUCGACCAAGAGCAUGCAGUCCAAGUCUCCCAAGCACCCGGGUCAGCAACAGAAGUCGGAGAGGCAUCCGACACGUGGGCUGAGCGACCGAGUACCACCCCACAACGAGAUCACGAACCCACUGUGCUAUGUGGUCGGUCAGAGUGCACAAGCGAACGAGGCUGCGAAAUUAGCAAUCAAGAGACAAUCAGGAGCCCUGAGCGACAAGCCCGCUCAAAUGGACAAGCCAGCUCAAAUGAACAGCCCAAUUCAAAUCAAGAAGCCAGCGCCUCCGCAGUCACAGUUAAUGAAAAUUCUCCGCUCGACUGA